ACAAUGGGGGAAUGCCGGGAAAUAGAAACAAGAAGACAGAAAAAAGAAAAGUUAGGAGUGUAAUGUGCGAACGGAAUGACCAUAGUUUGCUAUAUGUAUUAACUGUACGCAACAAAGGCUAUGCUUUACAGUAAGAGACAAGUUAAGGGAUGAUUUCUAUUGAUGCCCCGCAAAGUUACAAAGACAGAAAAGCCUCCCUUGCUGUUCGCUGAGCGACCUGUGGGUGGCGCCAGACUCCAAAAUGGGCCUGAAGUCCGAGCAGCAAUCAAUCCCAAAGAGUUUUUCACAGAGAAACAACAACAACAGAACAGCUCGACUCUUCAUUCCUGGGUAAAACCAGAGUUCGACACUACAGCUGCAGCUGCAGCUCCAGUGAGACGAGGGAGGAGAAAAUGCCAGACGGCCACAAGCUUCCUCGGAAGUUGCAGUCAGCUGUCCAGGAAAAACAGCGUGUGCAGAUUCCCCUCAUUAUCUUUUCACGGUGGCUCAAGAGACCAAUCGCACCAACCAAAGAGGAGCCGCAAAAAGAAAGCUGCAGAGUGUACCGCAGUGUCUGAUGAGAGGAAUCCACAACGGGAAUCAUGCAAAAACCAAAGGACGGAUUCAACCGCACAGUACUCUGACACACCUAAGAGACAGUUGUCCUCUUUCAGAAAAAGAAAAUCAAAGACAUUUUCUGAUAGUUCUUCAUCCCACAGCAAAUCUUUAGAUCAACCUCUUAAGCAAAGAGACGGACGCCAUGUUCCACCAAACGGUGCUUCAACACCUGCUUCCAAUGAGUUUAGCACCCCUGAUGUCAGCAGUGUCGGUCCGCCACCUGACGUGGACACUCCGGAAGUAAUACAAGAAGGUAGCAGUCGUCCCUCGUCCCCUUUGGUGCAUAUGCUACUGGCUCAGCCGUGUACACCACCAUGUAAUCAGCCACCUGACAUUUUAGCGCCUGACACACCGGAAAGGGAUUAUGGUGUGAAGGUGACAUGGAGGAGGAGGAAGGGUUUGAUGUUGCUGUUAAAAGAAAAGGGUUAUCUCUCUGAGUCAGAUGCACUAAUUCAUAGCUGAUGCAGAGAGUGUAAAAAAAACAGAUUACGCACUGCUGUGAGUGGAGAAAAGACAUUUAUUAUGACCACUUCUGUGACCAGAAUUCUCUCUAUGAUCUAUUUUUAUAGCACACUUGACAAUGCUGCUGCAUAUCAGUUCUAUUUUAAUUUUAAUUUUUCAUAUUAAAUAACUUCUGCUUAAUCUGGACUAAGUGUUGCGGUUGUUAACGUAACAAAAAUGAGCCAACAGAUGAUAUUAAACAACUCUCAUGUUUCCCUUCUUCACAAAAAUGGUAGUUAUAUAAUUGUAAUAAAAAAAACAAUUAAUCAAAAUUGCGGUUUAAGGACUGCAAUGUUCAAAGAGCGAGAUGGAUUUUAUUUGUACUUGUUGAGUGCGCGAAAGGAUCAUUUGAAAACUGCUAUUGUCUAAUCUGCUCAUCAGUAUGUAUUGAAUUUCAUCAGUGUUUCCAAAAAAUACAUGAAAUAAAUAUAUAACUGGAAAAAAGAUUUAUUUAUUUAUUUUUUUUGAUUUAGUAAGACUUCAUUCAGGGCACAAUUGUUGAGUGGUUACAGAUGGAAAAAUUGGGAAAACCAAAGUGGAUGCUGCAAUCUCUGCACCUUUCAGCGAAAUAAAACUGCACAUUGCUUAAUAAAA